AUGCCCGACAUGGACCUUGAACCAACGAGACCUGUUCUCCCUCGCGAUUUCCACGACAGCGAAAGUGAGAGCGACACUGUCGACACUUUGGAUCUGCUAGGAGGAUACACAGAUGCUCCUGAGACACAACACGCUUCACCUUCACCCCAUCCCGAUCCCCUGGUCCCGCGCGGCCGUCACCCGCUACCAGUACCCGUCCACCAGCAGCAGCAGCAGCAGCAGCACUACCACUACCACUACCACCACAACCACACAGACGUCCAGCAGCGAGGCAAGCAUACCUCCCACGCCCACGCCUCUUACAUUGCGCACUCGCCCAUCACGGCGCCGCCCUCUGCCGCCAGCUCCCGCCAGCCCUCACCCGGUCACGCCCGCUCCCACACGACGCCUGUCGUAGGCACACCCAAGACCAACAUCAUCAAGAGGAAACCCCUUUCCUCGACCGCCUCGCCCCUAGCCACCCGUUUCUCUGAAGGCGCUGCCACCCUCAGCAUUCACCUGCCCAAGCCCGAGACGCGAUUCUCGAGAGCCUACUCUGUCGACAGCCCCACGCUCUACGAGUACCCGGCCGCAGCCUCGGAACAUUCGCUAGCUCCUUUCAUCCUCGACUCCUUCCCGACCGUGCCCACUACUCUACCGCACGAGAAGCCGCCGACACCAACAAACACCGACCGUGCUGAAGAGGACGACGACGGGCCACACCCUUUGACGCGAAACACUCCCAGCAACAACCUGGCUUCCCCUCAAACGAGAACUUCAGACGACCUGCCGCAACAUGCCAGACUGACCAACAACGUCACGCAAAACCCACACUCGUUCGACGCACCUUUGCUACCAAACGCGACCAAGGCGGACACCACAGACAGCGAGUCAGAGUCGGCAUACAGUCUUUAUUCUAAUGAUAAUCGUACCAUGUCCAUCAUCGCACCAAAACCAACACCACCACACCUCAACCUGGACAAGGUCGAAAGAAAUAGUCACAUAUCCACGCCACCAACAACUGCCAUCGACUCGAGCAGACUGCCCGAAAUCAACAAGCCAUUACCUAAAUCCCCCGGGUCAACAAAAUUCGGAAGCCUUUUCGGCUGGGCCAUCUCACCCUCGCCGUCUACCACCGAAUUCUCAUCCCUACCGUCGCCGCUCUCGGCCAGGAACCCAGGUUCGACAGAUGAAGCCGGUUUCUCUGCAGCCCCAUCUAUCCUGCAGCGCAAGGGCUCAAAGGCGAAUGCCAACCCCCUUGGAUACCUCGAAACGAAUUUACUCACACCACCGCCGGCAUCCACCCUACUACCACCGGCGCAGAUACAAGAGAUGGAAGAUGAGCUCAAGGCCAUCAGCGCCGAACUGGCUUCGUCCAUUCGGCGCGAGAUGGACCUAGAGGAUCUUGUGGACAGGUUACAGUCCGAGAUCAGCAACCCGCAGGCCCCGGGCAAAAGGACAAGUGAUUACUUCUCCGACUCGGGUGUCAGCUCCACCAAAUUCAGUGAAUAUGACCAAAAUAAAGAAGAAGUAGAAAAGGUGCAGAGGAGGUCGGAGCAAGAGAAGGCGUCUAUCCGACUCGAACUGACCACGAAGGUGCAAGAAGAACGUCUGAGGAGGAAAGCCCUCGACCAACAAAUUAAGGAGCUCGCCGACAGAGCUUCCCAGAUCGAUCUUGCUCAGAUGAACAACGUUGAUGCCAAUGGACGGGUGAAGGAACUCGAAGCCACGUGCGAGGAUCUCCGCCGAAGGCUCUCUGAGGAGAAGAAGGUCAAAGAUAAUUUUGAGGACCUGCUUGCUGCUCUACGAGGCGAGCUGCAGAGCGCAUCAAAUGAGCGCGACAACCUUCGUGACGAGGUCGUACCCCAGCUCCGGGCGCGUGUUGAGGGUCUUGAGGCUGAGGCCUCCGAGUACGACAACCUCACAUACGAGUCGAGCAAGUUGCAACAGGAACUCCACGCCUUGAAGAGCGAAAACCAGAAUCUUCGCACCAUCAAGCAGGCUUCUGUCGAGGAACCCCCCACACGCUCCACGCGGUCGUCCGUUGCGUUGUCUAGGUCCAACUCGGUUACCGCAGGAUCGUUCAAGCUGCAGAGAGCCCCGACCGGCUUGACGCGAUCCAAUACUGUCAAGGGUGGUAUUGAGUCUCGCGAGGCCCUGUCAGAACGGCUGAAGGACGUGGAGGCGCAAAGGGACGCCCUUCACAGCGCGCUCAAGAAUCUUCUUGACCGUCAGGAAUUCCAGAACCGCGAAAAUGAGAAAAAGAUCAGGGUCCUCGAAACGGAACGCGAACGUCUUCUCUCGGAUUCGCCCAGGCGAGGCGGCUUCGCCAAAGACGUCUCUGAUCUGCAAAACGAGAUCAAGGUGCUGCGGCGCCGCGCAGAGGAUGCCGUGAACGACAAGUUCCAGGUGGAGAAGGGUCUGGUCAGUCUUAAGAUGGACCUAGACCGAGCCGAAGGGGAGAUUGCCUCGCUUCGCGCUCUCCUGGACGAGAAGGACAUCCUGAUCCCGCCCUCGAUGGCGCGCUCCAGCAGCGGUAGCAACUCGGAUGCUUAUCCCGUGACGUCCGAGUCGCUCGAGGCAGCGUUCAAAGACCUCCAGGCUGCGUACCAAGAGGCCUUGAAUAGGAUCAAGGAGCUGGAAGAACAAGGUGGGGCGAUUAUUUCCGAUGAGAGGACGCAAUUGGCUUUGGAGAAGCUGCAACACUCCCUGUCGGCCGCCAUCAUGGAGCGCGAUGCGGCUCGCCAGGAGGCGUCGGACAACAAGACUCAAGCCGACAGUCUCCAUGAGAGCGAGGCCAAGCAUAUUGAAAGCGAACGUGUGCUCGCCGACGAGCUUCGCGAUUCGGCCCGUCGUGUUGAAGAGCUUGCCACUCAGGUCCGACAACAAUUGGCGGCGAACGCCAGCCUUCGACAGCGUCUCGCUGAUACGGUGGCGCGAGGCGAUAUCGAUCGCCAGGCUAAUGUUGAGCGCAUCGCUAGCUUGCAAGGCCGCCUCCGCAUGCUAGAAGAGGAGGUCUCUGCGGCGCAGAGCGCGUCAGAGGACCGGGUCGCGCGCCACGAGGAGCAGAUCAAGGAGAUCAAGGAGGCGCACAACAUUCAGCUUCGCCGGGCUCUUCCCUCUCCGGCCAGUAGCGGCGGCCGAUCACCUCGCAAGAUGCUCAGUCCUGUGGCGUCGCCCAUGUUCUCGCGUCCGCCGCGCUCGCCGCUGCCCAAGAUGUCCAUCGAGGACGAGGUCCAGGUCGACAAGCUCCGCUCCAGAGUCACGGAGCUGGAGCGCACGCUGUCAGAGGCCGAUACGGAGAUGCAGGAUGUCAUUGCGCGGAUGAGCGCUGCUCAGAUCGAGGUUCUGAACCUGCAGGAGGAACGCGAGGCGGCGGUCCGGGAAACGAGGAAGCUCCAGCGCAUUUUGGAAGAGGAGAGGGUGAAGUCGUUCGAGGACCGGUUCAGGACGCUGAGCGGUAACGCAUGA